ACAGUGUACACUGUACUGUACGCUAGUAGUGUACAGCAGGUUGCGGUCUGGUAACGCACGUUUGUCGCUACCUUCAACUGCUACGUGUAAAUAUAGCCAUGGCAUCCUCUAACCGCGGUAUCCAAAUCGGCUCCGGCUGGUUCCAGACCAAGAUUAAUCUCAGACCGCAGCAUCGGGGCGUUCAUCUUGUCACCGAGGAGAUCCUCAGGCAGGUCCCUGAACUCUGUCAGUUUUCCAUUGGUCUCUGCCAUAUUCAAAUUCUCCACACUUCAGCUAGUUUAGCGUUAAAUGAGAGUUGGGAUCCAGAUGUGAGAGACGAUAUGGAAAUGAUGCUUAAUAAAAUAGUUCCUGAAGGUUUGGAAUAUAGACAUAGCUGUGAAGGGCCUGAUGAUAUGCCGGCACAUGUAAAGGCUUGUUUUUUGGGCUCGUCGUUAAGCAUCCCAAUCACCGACGGUAAACUGGCGCUAGGCACAUGGCAGGGCAUUUGGUUAGGCGAACACCGCGAUCAUGCUGGUAGUCGCAAGCUUGUGGUAACGCUAACUGGUGUUCUAAGGGACUCAGCACGUAGCCCUCUCAGCCCAGUCAGCCCUAUUGCCUCUACUAGCAGCUAGGACCACUCGCACCCCCAAAGGCGUGAUAAGCGUCAGCUAUACGUGUCCACCUCGAGUGAAUCAAGCUAGCAGCCGCUACAAGCGCUAGUCGAUUUAUAAAAGUACAAUCUCUUGAGGAAGAAUGAGUCGGAUACCUCGCAAAUUUGUCCAUCCGCGUCAAUCGUGGACAAAAAUCGAUAUCGCGCACUGUUCAUGACACUUUUGUGCGUGUAUAUGUGUUUUAAAGUUUUGUUCAUGUUUUUGACGUUCUGCAAGGAUAUCUCUUUUUUUUUCUUUAAGAGGCAAUGAGUCUCUGGGGUUGUUACACAAGUUCUCUAGACAAGAGAAAUUGAAAAUGAUACGAUAUAAACUUUUGAGUUUAUGUCGAUGUAAUUUGCAUAUUGGAAACCAAGAUUUUGAGGAAACUUUCUGCUUAAAAAAUUACAUUAUAAUUAUUAAUUAAAUAAAAAAAAGGUUAAAUCUGAUAUUCAAAAAUACAAAAACUAAGAUCAUUGAAAGUUUUUUCAGUUCCAAAAAUAUUGGAAUUUAAAGGCUUGGAAGAUUUAAAAUUUAUGUAACUUUUUCAUGGAAAUUAAUUUUUUUGUAAACAUUUAAAAUGCUUUUUUCCUAGUUUUUUAAACUCGCAUUUUCACGUGAUAUACAUUUGCGAUAUUUAAUAAUAAUAAUAAUAAUAAUAAUAAUACAAUAAUAAUAAUAAUAAAAAACGCAAAGGAAUAUAAAGGGACAGAAAAAAAAAAAAUGAAAAAACUGCCACUGCGUAUGCGCGCAUUAUACGCGUCUUUUAUAAACAAAAUGAAUUAAAUGCGAGUAUCCAGCGCUCUUCCACCUCGCUAUUGAAAAAAGAAGACAGUAGAAGAGGGGAAAGAUACGCUCUAAGGAAAGCAUUUAGAAAGAAAAAGAUAGAGGGAAGAAUGAAUCUAUGCAUUCCGAUAACGCGUCCAAUACUCCGAAUUUACGUAGUUUUAUUUAGGAGACCCUUUUGUAUAAAUGAAGUUAACGAAUACAAGCAACCACAUGCAAAAAUUUGCAUCCUUUUUUACACUCUGCUACCUUUAGCUUUAGACUGUCCCAAAAUGAGAAACAGAAAGAGGGAUAAAAAACAGGAUAACAAGAGUAAGAGACUGUAAGGUACGAAACUUUAUGACUUUGUUGCGAACUUUCUAACUUGUUGCUUUAAAAAUGAGCUAAAUCGUUCGCGAACAAUGUUUCUAUGCAUUAGAAGUGUGUAUAUGUAUAUAAGGAAAAGAGCGAUGAUUCUCUGCCGCUGUGUGCGUUUCUGCUAGAAUUAUAAGGUAUGUUAUAUCAUGGGCACAUAGUGCGAUUACAUUUCCUAUGUGAAUUAUAGCAUAUAUAAAUGUCACAAAAUUUGAACAUAAAAACAUUACAGUUUUGAGAGACUAAAUAAUAAAAGUAUAUGCAAUUUUUUAUUCUGUGCGAGUUUUUUUGAAUAUAUCAAUUCAACAUUUUUUUUAUCAAUCAUGAGCUGUGAUUGUGGAGUUUUCUGUUUUUGAGUCAUGUAUAUAAUGAUAUUAAAGACUGUAUACAUUAAUCUAAUUACUAAUGCUUAAUAAAAGAUUAUGCACUAACACUACUAUGAUAGGAAUAAAGAAAUUUUAAAUUGUAUCAUAUUUAGAAAGCUAUUAAAAGUAUGGAAUUAAAAGAUAGCAUAUGCUUUUGUUAUUGAGUUUACGAACUUUUGUUGAAUAUUUUUAUGCUUAAAUUUUGUAAUAUCUUAUGUAAUGGAAGCAAUGUUAUUAUAUAUUGAAACAGUUAAUUGCAUCAAUGUCAAUCACUUUUUUUCAUGUUUGUAUUAACUAUUAUUAACUAUUAUUAGUUAUUACAUUAGACUACUAGUUUAUAGCAACUAGUACUCUGUUAAGUCAAAGAACUCAAUAUUCUAUUGCUCUCCAUUAUAAAAAUUUUUACAAAUUAUGUAAAAUUAAAUUGUUUUAUGUUCAGUCAAAAUGCCAUUUAAUUUACAAUUAUUAAAGACAUUCUUUAAUAGUAAUAUAUUCUUCUCAUUGAGAAAUUUGAAGUAUUCUUAAUUUAUAUAUAUAAUUAUAUAUAAUCUAAAAUAAAAUUUUUUUGAACUAUUGUUUAAUAUCAAAAUGUUUAAUAAAAAAAUUGAAUUGAUGAUUUGCCGCUGUUAUCUGCAGCUUUAAAAUUCAAUUUAAGAAUUUAGUAUGCACCUUAUUUAUUUUCUGAAGUAUUAAGAAAACUAAUCUUAAGACUAAUCUCUUCGUUUUGCUUACUAGAUGAUUGCAUCUUAAAAACGAGGAAUUAUGUGUACAUUUUUAUAUUAUAUCUUGAAUUAAAUUAGUUUUUAUCAUAUUUUUGAUAGCACACAUCUGUCAAAUAUCAGAUACAGAGAGAAAUAGAUAGAUUCUUCUCUUUCAAUUCAUAGAUUAGUAAAGUAAGUAGAUUAGUAAUUAGCUUUUUUAAAACUUAUUCUGUUGUCAUUAAGAUUAUUUUCAUUCAAUUUUAUUUUGGAAAUUUAUAGAAUACAUAGAGUAGAUAUAUAUUAUGUUUAUUUAUUAUAUAGUACAAUCAGGUGACAAUUAGGAAAGGAGUUUUUUGCAUAUUUUAGCAAUUUAUAUAUUAUCGAACUGGAGUGAGAUUUAAAAAAAAACUAAUUUUUUCGAUGAAUAUAAAGAAAAAGUUUAUUUUAUUUUUCAAAAUAACA